AUGGUUCUGCUUGCGCAAUGCCUGCUCUUCGUUAUUCGUGCAGAUGCAGGUUCAGAUCCAUCGGCCCGUAGAUUCGGCAGGAAUAAAUUGGCCUCCAUUUCUGAAGAAGAUGUACCUAGGCAAGCUGAGCUCUGCAGGACUGACAAACAAAUGCCCCAGCUCCAGCUACACAGCAGAGAUGCCACCGCCACGGCGAUCCAGCCUCCGCUGCCCCAAGCAGUGGGAUAUGUGAUUGUCGUGGUGGUAGGAAUGAUCAUUGCGACGGUGAUGAUGCUCAUCACCAAGGUCCUGAACAAGACUGUUGGCGAGGAUAACAGGAAGACGGAAAUGUUCAUGACUGCCAACCGAACCGUUCGCACCGGCCUGACCGCAUCGGCCGUCGUAUCGUCCUGGCUCUGGUCCACCGCCCUCCUCGGCUCCAGCCUCGUCGGGUACAGCUACGGCAUGGCAGGCCCCUUCUGGUUCGCAGCAGGCUGCAGCCCGAUGAUAGUAUUUUUCGCGCUGCUGGGCAUCUCGUGCAAGCGGAAGAUUCCCGAGGCGCAUACGUCGUUGGAGGUGGUGCGGGUGCGAUAUGGCCGCAUCGCGCAUGUCGUGUUUAUGGUCCUCUGUCUAAUUAACAAUAUUUUUGCCUGCGCGAAUAUGCUUCUUGGUGCGUCGGCGGCGAUUUCUGCUAUGACCGGAAUGCACACCAUCGCAGCGACAUUCCUUCUCCCCGUCGGAGUGUCCAUCUACACGUUUGUCGGUGGGAUCAAAGCGACCUUUCUGACCGACUACUUCCACACCGUCGUCAUCCUCAUCAUCACCUGCUACUUCUCCAUCAAGGCCUUCACCUUCAGCGAGGUCGGCUCCGCCAGUCAUCUGUACGACCUCGUCCAGGCGGCGGGAUUCCGGCAUCCGCUGGAGGGCAACUACAAGGGGACGUAUCUGACGAUGACUUCGAAGGAUGCCAUCCUCUUUGGUAUCAUCCACACGUGCACCAAUUUUGGUCUGGUCAUUAUGGACACCAGCUACUUCAUCAAAGCCUUCUCCGCGUCUCCGGCCGCCGUCGUCCCCGGCUACACCAUCGGCGGCAUCGGAUACUUUGCCAUCCCUUGGGCCCUGGGCACAGUGAUGAGUUCCGUCGCCAUCGGUCUGGAGAACACCCCGUUCUUUCCGACGUAUCCACGGAGAAUGACCACCUCCGAAGUCAGCGCCGGGCUCGUCCUGCCCUACGCCGCAUUGACCGUCGCCGGCAAAGGCGGUGCUGCCGCCAUCGUGCUCAUCACCUUUAUGGCCGUCACGUCGACGCUCUCCGCGCAGGUCAUCGCCGUCAGCUCCAUCAUCAGCUUCGACAUCUACCGCGAGUACUUCAACAAGGGCGCGACGGACCGCCAGAUCAUCCGCUGGAGCCACUUUGGCGUCGUCUUCUUUGCGCUCUUCUCGGCGGGGUUCAGCACCAUGCUGUACUAUGUUGGGGCGGAUCUGCAGUGGACGCUGUACAUGCUGGGCGUCGUCACCUGCCCCGGCAUCUUCCCCAUGGUCUUCACCAUCCUCUGGCGACGACAAAACACCAUCGCCGCCAUCCUGGCCCCCGUGCUGGGCAUGGCGACCGGGCUGGCCGUCUGGCUGGGCACAGCACACCGGUUCUAUGGCGAGGUCACCGUAUCGACGACGGGCCAGGUGCUGCCCUGCGUCUACGGCACCGUGGCGUCUGCAUUCUCGCCCAUCCCGUACUCGAUCAUCAUCACGUUCCUCACCAAGCCGCAGAAGUACGACUGGGCGGACUUUAAGAAGGAGCGCUUGGCGCUGGAGAAGCUGGAUGAUGAUCUGACGACUGUCCACCACGGCGAGGACGCGAACAAGCAGGGCGAUGUGAAUGAAGUCGAAUCUGGCGCACAGUCUGCCCACGCGAAAAAGGAAAAAGAAUUAAAACGCUGGGGUCGCAUCGCCGCCUUCUGGUCCAUCGCGACCUUUUUGGGGCACUGGGUCCUCUGGCCAUUGCCAAUGUACGGCUCGCACUAUAUUUUCGGGAAGGGGUUCUACAUCGCCUGGGUCAUCGUCGCCAUCAUCUGGCUGUGGCUCACCAUGCUGAUGGCGACGUUUUAUCCGCUGCUCGACGGCGGCAUUCAGCAGACGCUGCAGGUGUAUCGUGGGCUGGUUGCGCUGCGGCAGCAGAGCACCUCUCAUGAGAGUAGAGACCAGCAGUCGCAGCAGCAGCAGCAGGAAAAAGAGGUCAAAGUCGGUGCAGAGACUCCAUCGAGUAGACUACUGUAUGUAUUCAACAGUUGA